AAUCCCCAUUCAAUCCAAAAACUGCUUCGAGUUAAACUCACUAGUUUUCUUUCGACAUUUAACGCAUCCCCAUCGUUCUUCUCUUCCUGUUGAAGGGAGUUUCUUUGUUUCAGCACAGAGUGUGUUUCUUUUCCCUCUCUUCACAUACACGAGACCUAGGGUUUUGCUUUUCCAUGAUGGUGCUGAUUGUGCGGUUCUCAAUCGAGCAUCGCGAGCUGUUUCAACGGUUUCUUGUGCGGUAACCGCACUCUCAGACUCUGUGUGUAGGAUUCUUGUACUGGUUACCACACUAUCAAUCCCGAAAUAUAGUUAAUCAUAGAUACGAUGAAUGGCGAAGUGUUUGUUUCAACCGAUUCCAAGUUCCUAUUUAAUGGGUUUGGCGGGUAUUUUGUAUUUUUCCAUAUUCCUUUUUACCCCUAUUGAGUCUACAAGCAGAGCAGGAUAUAUGUGGCCCCAAAACACAGGUGUCGAAUCCAUAGCUACUGUCAGUUGGACAGUCUUCAGCUCAAGUAUCUUUGUACUUGUUGCUCUUGUUCUCUCUAUGUAUUUAAUAUUCGAGCAUUUAUCCGCCUAUAAUAAGCCUGAGGAACAGAAAUUUUUGAUUGGCCUCAUUUUAAUGGUUCCUGUUUAUGCAUCGGAAUCAUUUUUGUCAUUAGUGGAUUCUGGUGCAGCAUUUAACAGUGAAGUUAUCCGGGAAUGCUAUGAGGCCUUUGCAUUAUACUGCUUUGAGAGAUACUUGAUUGCUUGCUUAGGUGGUGAGGACAAAACAAUUCAAUUUAUGGAAAGUAUGAGCCUAACAGACUCCAGCAUUCCUCUUCUCAAAGAAGCAUAUACCUACGGAGUAGUAGAGCAUCCAUUUCCCUUAAAUUGCCUCUUAAGGGAUUGGUAUCUCGGCCCUGAUUUCUAUCAAUCUGUGAAAAUUGGCAUUGUACAAUAUGUAUGUAUGAAUUUGGUAAAUUGGAUGAUACUGAAGAUGAUCUGUGCAUUGCUGGCAAUGAUCCUCCAGUCUUUUGGUGUUUAUGGAGAGGGGAAGUUUGAAUGGAAAUAUGGGUAUCCCUACUUGGCACUUAUUCUUAACUUUAGUCAGUCAUGGGCCCUAUAUUGCCUUGUACAGUUCUAUUCUGUCACGAAAGAUAAGUUGAAACCAAUCAAACCAUUGGCAAAGUUUCUAACUUUUAAGUCAAUUGUCUUCCUCACCUGGUGGCAAAGUGUGGCUAUUGCUUUUCUUUUUUCUGUGGGAGCAUUUAAGGGAUCAUUGGCUCAGGAGUUGAAAUCACGUAUACAAGACUAUAUCAUUUGUAUAGAGAUGGGCGUGGCUGCAGUUGUGCACCUAUAUGUCUUCCCUGCAGUACCUUACAAAAGGGGAGAGAGGUGUGUUGGUAAUGUGGCGGUGUUGGCUAACUAUGCAUCACUAGGAACAUCCCCUGACCCUGAGGAGAUUCGAGACUCCGAGCGCUCAACUAGAAUGAGGCUGGGAGGACGUAAUGAAAGAGAAAAGCCUAUGAAGUUUACCCAUAGUGUUCGAGAUGUGGUUGUUGGAAGUGGUGAAAUUAUUGUUGAUGACAUGAAAUAUACAGUUUCCCAUGUGGUAGAACCUGUUGAAAGGGGCAUUGCAAAGAUUAAUAAAACCUUCCAUCAGAUAUCAGAAAAUGUGAAACGCCAUGAGAAACGGACGAGAAGAACGAAGGAUGAUAGCUAUCUUGUUCCCUUGCGUUCUCGGGCAGCAGAAUUUGCUGACGUUCAUGAUACUCUGGUUGAAGGAAGUGCGAGUGAUAGUGGCAUGUCAAGUGGAAAGCGACAGAAUAUCCAAUCCAAAGCAACAGCCACCAGAAUUACAAGAUAACAGUUCAAAGUGUGUAUAUAGUGUUGCACAUAUAGGAGAGAACAUUUCAAUUGAUUUCGACGUGAAAUUUUUAACUACGUCGAUACAAUUCAGUGAAUUUGCUAGUAAAACCUGUUUACAUCAGGUAACAAAGGAUGUGCAUGUGGAUUUUUUAUAUACCUAGACCGAUGUUCGUAAUGUAACUAGAAGUAGUUCAAAUUAUAGGGUUCAUGCUGGAAAGAAUUGAAAUGAUGAAAUUUUAGGGUUUAUUUAAGGCUUUCUUAAUCUUAAGUGAUUUAACUCUGGUCA